AACUGUUGAAGACUCACUCCCGCACAAAGACCAGCGCUGUCAGCGCAAGUUACACAAUCGGCGACGGUGUGUCAUUGUGCACUGUUCAUAAGAAUAGCGAACGGCUUCACACCUCGUCAUCACUCGGCUGCAUUCGUGGUGCCAGUCAACAUGUUCUCCAAGAAAGAGAAGGAGACCCAGGACCGGGAUCUCGACCUUCCUGGGACCCCGCCGACCUAUGACAACAACUACGAUGAUGCCGCCGACGUGGUCCUAUGCCCUGCACACACUACGGAGCGCAAGUUGAUCACCAGGAUCGAUCUCCAUGUCGUCCCCUUCCUAUGCAUCAUGUACCUGCUAGCCUUCCUAGACCGCGUCAACAUCGCCAACGCGAACGUUUUCGGCCUCUCAACGGAGCUGAACCUUGUCAAUGGCAAUAGGUACAAUACGGCGCUGGUCAUUUUCUUCGUGCCCUAUAUCCUCUUCGAGAUCCCCUCCAACAUCCUGCUGAAGAAGUUAAAGCCGAGAGUCUGGCUUUCAAUCUGCAUGUUUGGCUUCGGACUUGUCUCUUUUCUCCAGGGCUUCGUCCAAAACUACUCCGGACUCCUAGCCACCCGCUUCUUCCUCGGACUUUUCGAAACCGGCAUGUUCCCUGGCGCCUUCUAUCUCAUCGGGAUGUGGUACCGACGCCACGAAGCCCAAAAGCGCUACACCUUCUUCUUCUCCAGCACGACACUCGCUGGGGCCUUUGGCGGUCUGCUCGCCAGCGCUAUCGGCAAAAUGGACGGUAUGCGUGGUUACAAGGGCUGGCGCUGGAUCUUCAUCCUCGAGGGCGUCCUCACCAUGGUCGUCUCUUUCUUCUUUUACUUCCUGCUACCAAACUUUCCCGAGGAAGUGAAGUGGCUCACGGAAGAAGAACGCUCCUUCGUGAAAGCGCGUUUGCAGAUCGAUCAGGGGAAAUCCGCCCGAGAACGUCCCAUUAAGCUGCGAGAUGUCGGCCGCGUGUUUAAGGACCCGAAGAUCAUUGUUGGGGGUUUCAUGUAUUUCGGGCUCAUUGUGCCUGCGUAUGGUUACGCGUACUUCAGCCCGGGUAUCAUCCAGAGCUACGGAUACAGUGCCAUCCAAACACAACUGCAUAGCGUCCCGCCGUGGGCAGCUGCGUUUGGCUUCGCGAUGGUAAUCGCAUGGUUCUCCGACCGCCUCAAGCACCGCUUCCUCUUCGCCAUCUUCCCCAUCUGCGUCUGCAUCGCCGGCUUCGCCAUCCUCAUCGCCGUGCACGACCACCGCGACGUGCAAUACGCCGCUCUAUUCCUCGUCGCUAUGGGCGCCUACACCGCCAUGCCCGUCAUUGUCUGUUGGUUCAACAUGAACCUAGGCGGCCAUCAUCGACGCGCUAUCGGGACCGCAUGGCAGGUCGGCUUUGGUAAUGUAGGCGGGAUUAUUGCCGUGUUUGCUUUUUUGAAGAAGGAUGCGCCCAAGUACAUCACCGGGUACUCGAUAUGCAUUGCGUUUGUCAGUCUCAGCGCGCUGAGCUGUUUGGUAUACUUCAUCAUGUGCAAGUGGCAGAACAGGAGCCGGGAUAAGAGUGUGAGGGAUGUGGGGUUGACGGAAUAUGAGAAGACGGAGCUGGGAGAUCUGAACCCCGACUACCGGUACCUGCUUUGAGAUCGGGAGAUGAGGGGGUUGCUGAGCUGGAGGAGGAUGUGCUUUGUCUUGUGCUUUGGUACUUCAAGGAAUCAUAGGCCACCACAGGCCCAGAUGAAUCACUUUGGAUAGCUAGAUGAAACAUCGAGCCCGGCUGUGAGAUCUUGAAUAUCCAUUUAGAUACAUUUAUUGAGCAGUCUACUUAU